AGUUAAAGCUGUCCGAUUUAACAGACACACUGAAACAAAUGCAAUUUUCAUAAGAUGUAUGUUAUAGCUCUUGAUUUAUUUCUAGUCUGUCACAGUAAUGAUCUGCACAUAAUAAUGUCUUGUUAAUCAUGAAUGUUCACUUACCGGUGGUUUGUUGUGCAGGUGUAUGUGCGUCUGAGGCCGUUCUUUAGAGAGUUUCUAGAACGCAUGUCUCAAAUCUAUGAGAUCAUCCUUUUUACAGCUUCUAAAAAGUUGUAUGCAGACAAACUGCUCAACAUCUUGGACCCUAAAAAGCAGCUAGUGAGACACAGGUUGUUCCGUGAGCAUUGUGUCUGUGUCCAGGGAAACUACAUCAAGGACCUCAACAUCUUAGGCAGAGAUCUGUCAAAGACGAUUAUCAUCGACAAUUCACCACAGGCCUUUGCAUAUCAGGUGAACACCAAGGCUAAAUAUAGAGUGCUGCAGGAAUCACAUGUUUUUGUUGGCUUACAGCUUCAUCAUCCUG